AUGCGCCAUCGUUCGACGGAAGGCGGAGCGAAGCGCGGUGCGCCGCGGCCGCGCGCCCCUGCGCCGCGCGAGGAGAAGCGUGUGCCGAAGCGUGCGCCCGGCCCUGGGCGCAUGCGCAAAAACUUUCCCGAGCAGCAGGGCAUGGCGCAUGUGCUCGCGCUGACGCAGCGUGCCGUCGAGAAGGCCGACAGCGAGUACCAGCAGCGGGUCGACCGCAGCCACGCCGCGAAAGAGGUGCGUCUCGAAGCGAAGAAGGAGCGCCAGAAGCGCAAGGUCGAGGAAAAGAGCAAGAGCGACGUGCCGACGCGCGCGGAUAUGGUGGCGCUCCUGCGCGAGAAGCGCCGCGAAAAGACACGCGAGCGCAAGAGCCAGCGCAAGCAGCGCGACGACGACGACGACGACGACGACGAGCAAGAGCCGAGCGGCCCCCGCUCGAUCCUCAAAAAAGACGCGCAGCCCAAGCCCAAGAAACGCGUCUCCUUUUCCUAA